GAGUGGAACAGUGGGGAGGGAGGAGAGGAAACUGGUGAGGAACAGGAAGGAAGAGCUUGCAUAUUUAAAGAAAGAAAGACAGUGGGGUGAGAGCGGAGAGGUUUGGUUUGCGAGCACAUCUGAGGAGAGAAGCUCGGACUCUGAACGGUGAACACACAGUGUUUGUGAAUCGCUGUCCUGUGUGUGUGUGUGUGUGUGUGAGAGCGAGACUGUGCGACCAUGCCGGGGAACACUUUGAGGGUGCAGCACUGCCUCACCUUUGCCACGGGCCUGGUGGAGUGUCUGUGUUUCGCUGGUGCCGUGUUCGGAUGGGCCUCCCUUGUUUUUGUCCUGAAGACGGAGGGCUACUUCAGCUCUCUGUGCGUCAACACCACCGGAGUCAACGCAACGCAGGUCCUAGAUUGCAGCGGACAGGAUGAACAGUUCUCGCUUGUUUUCACCAUCGCCUCCUUCAUGAACAAUUUCUCGUCCCUCCCUAAUGGUUUCCUCUUCGACCGGUUUGGUACCAGGGUGGCUCGACUCUUUGGAAUAUUUCUCUACACUGUGGGCACUGUGAUGGUGGCCUUCGCAGUUCCAGCUUUGUCCAACAUGCUCUUCCCAGCUCUGUCCCUGCUGGCAGUCGGCGGCCUCUUGUUUCUCAUCACCAACAUGCAGGUAGGAAACCUGUUCGGCUCCCGACGCUCCACCAUCAUCACCCUCUACAACGGGGCCUUCGACUCUUCCUCAGCACUUUUCCUCAUCAUCAAGUUGUUACACGAGGCUGGCGUCUCUCUGCGCGCCUCCUUCCUCUUCCUGUCCUCCUGCGCCGCCAUUCACCUGUUCAGGACUUUCUUCCUGCUGCCGAGAGACUCCAUCCCCUACCCGCUGCCCGAUCACUACGCGUACGGGAUAACGUGUGGUCAAUCAGACUCUCCGAGCUCAGGGCAGGUGACAGCGAAUGGUGAGGCGAAAGUGACGACAGAGGAAACACCACUCAAGAAGGACGUCCCUGUGACACAAGAGAAGAGUUUCCGCGAGUGUUUUCUGUCCCGGUUCUUUUUGUGGCACCUGCUCUGGCUGUCGGUGAUGCAGCUCAGACAUUACCUCUUCAUCGGCACCCUCAACCCCAUGCUGCAGCGGCUGACGGCGGGAGAGCCGUCGCUGGUGAGCCAGUACAUCAAUGCCUUCGCCAUAACGCAGAUGUGUGGCGUGUUCUGUGCUCCCUGGAACGGCCUCAUCAUGGACAGACACAAGGGCAAACCUCGUGCUGCAGGGGAGAGUGAACGUGAGUCGGACCUGCGGGCCUCGGUGCUCUCUCUCUUCCUGACGGCGCUGCAGUGUGUGUUGUUCUCGGUUUGUGCCUCCACCCCGUUCCUGCCGCUGCAGUACCUCACCUUCGUCCUGCAGGUGAUCAACCGCUCCUUCCUCUACGGCGGCAACGCGGCCUUCAUCAGCGUCGCUUUCCCGUCAUGCCACUUCGGGAAGCUGUACGGUAUGAUCAUGGCUCUGUCGGCAGUGUUCUCUCUGCUGCAGUAUCCCUGCUUCGCCCUGGUGAAGGCUCUGGAUGGAGACCCUUUAUACGUGAACGUCGGUCUGACGGUGCUCAGCCUCCUCGCCUUCAUCCACCCCCUCUCCGUGUACCUGCACUGUCGACGUCUCGCCUCCCAGCGAAAUGAGUCUGCGAGAUGAGAGCAACGCCUCGCACUCAACAUGUGCUUAACAUCACCGGUGACAGUGUUACCUCUUCAGUUUGUUCCACUUGGAACGCAACAUCGAGCGCUUGUAAAUGAAUUCCAGGCAGUGUUGAAGUGAGCUGAGCUGUUCUCGACUGCACCCUUCAGAUUCGCAGCUCUAGCCGCCGUUAGCUUCUUCUCUUUUGUUUACAGUUAAGGGGCCUGGCGCUGACGACUCUAAUUCUACUUCACAGUGACUGUGACGUGUUUCGUGUAACUUGUGUCGUGCGAGCUUGUGUUUUCUUGCCAUUUUUUGUUCUGUCCCAUCACACCACAGUCACGGUGGUUUCAUGAGUGCCAAACGAUAACGCACUUUGCACUUUGGUAUUAUAUCCGUAUUUUUUUCUAUAGAACCAACAAUGUUGCAUGUAGCGACUGCAUGAGGGAUACAGUGGAUUCACAGUGUCGGGACAAAGGUCGUGUUUGCUCCCUAACAUGACGCAGAUGUCUCUGCACCGGCUCCUUCCGCAUUAGAGGUCAUUCAGAUGCAUUAACUGGAGCAGGAAACACAGCUCGGCCACCUGCUGGCCUCUUAGUUCAGCUGUUAGCUGCUGAUUUCACUGUAGUGCCAAACCUGACAGCAAAGUGAUCUUCUUUUAUGAUUUGUGGAGUCUCAGGUGUUCAGUGAAGAACAAUUUGGUGUCAUGAGGGAUUUUUAAUGACCAUGUGCUGUGAGUAAUGAUAUGUAAAGAUUUAUGAAGGGAAAUCUGUGCUUUUUUUUUUUUCUUUCACCAGUAUUUUAUCUUACAGGCUGUACUUUCCAUUGUUGUAUAUAUGCAAAUUCUUCACUGUGCUGGAUCAACUUAAAUAUGCAUUUUUGAUAAGAAGUUUAAAGGGAGUUUUUGAUAUUUACUUUUGCCAAAAUUAAUGUUUCAGUUUUCAAGUACUGUGAGAAAGAAUAUCUACCUGCUCGCAACGGCCACUUACAGAUGGUGGAGAAAAAUGUCAUUGUUAUCUGUGAAGAAGAUAUCUUUUAAAAGAAAGACCAUACGUCAAACAACUGCGAAAUGUAUCUUAAAUACUGAAUAUACUAAAAUUAAACUUAUAAAGACUGAACCAUGAA